AUGAUUUCCGAGCCUUUUUCUCACUUGAUUGACCAGCAAAGGCUGAGAUCAAUAAGCGUCAGUGGCCAAAACAGAUGGACAAGUGACCACGGCAAGAAACAGAUAGGCCUCAAAUGUCAGGAGGAAGUAAUGUCAGCUUCUUUACAAAGGAUUGGUUUCUUUCUUUCUUUUCUUCUUUCUUUGUUGAAUUACUUUCCUUUAUUUCUCUCUCUCUCUCUCUCUCUCUCUCUCUCUCUCUCUCUAUCACUGAGCAGGCAUCAUUCUCUUUUUCUUUUGUUCUCUCUGUCUCUCCCUGUUACUCUCUGCCUAUCUCUUGUUCUGUCUCUCUUUCUUUCUAUCUCUCAGUCUAUCUAUCUAUCCUAUGCAUAUAUCAUUCUAUUUUCUUCUCUCUCUCUUUAUAUCUUUUUCUUGUGCAUCCAGACACUCACAUUUACUAUCACUUUCUUACUUUCAUCAUCUUUUGAUAAUCUGAUUUUCCCUCCAUUGGUUAUUUUCAUUCUUCUUCCCCCUUUGUCCUCCAUUCCCGUUUUCUCUCUUCAUGCUGAUACAUUGAUAAACAAAUCUACGGCUUCUCUUUUAUUGAGCUAUUCUUCUUCCCGCCCCUCCCCCACAUUAAUCCUUUCGUUGCCAUAUCUUCUUCAGUUACAAAAAAUGAAUUCCUUUUUCUCUGUUUUGAUGAAGGACAUCGUCUCAUCUUUCCACUUAAAAAUUUACGUUAUCUUUCACCCUUUCUUUCAUCACCGUCAUCUCUUAUUACCUAAGCAAAUUUAUUUUCAUUUCUUUCCAUCCUUUUUUUUUCUUGCUUGCUUUUCUAUUCUUCCAUACCGCAAUCUUUUCUUUCUGUCUUUUCUUUCACAAUUUCUUUUUUCUUAUCUCCAUCUAUUCGUUUUAGCUAUUCGUUAUGUGUUUAUUUUCUUAACGUUUUGCACUUUUCCAUUCUUUCCUAUUCAUUUUAUAUUUUCGCAUCAAUCAAUCGUCAGGACUGGAAGGAAAAGGAAACCCGAUUUUAAGCUACAUAUUCUUUUUUUUUAUGACGCCAUUCUUUUUUUUUUCCAUUCACAAAUCCUUUCAUUCUUUCUUUACUGCUUGCACUCUCAUCGCCAUCUUUUUUCUCUCGUUAUUUUUUCUUCCUUUUUUUCGUUUUUCUUCUCAUUUUUUCUUAUUUUCCACCCUAUGAAAUUUUGUUCAUUUCUUCUUUUCUUGCUUUUCUCCAUUAUUUUUCUUUUCUUUUUUCACUUUUUCCCUUCUUCUCGCAAUUUUCUUUUCUUGUUUUUCGCGGCUUCUUUCUAUCUUCCAUCUAUUUUCGCUUUUUUCUUUUGCUCAUUCGUUUGCCACUCCUUCCUUUUCUGUCAUCAUUUCUUUCUUUCCUUCUGUUUUAGAAUUGAUCUAGGCAUGGACUCAUUUUCAUUCUGUUCACGCAUGUCGGACUCGUGCAAACUAUCCUCCAUAGUUUCUUUACCAACUAUCUUUCUCUUUCUCCGCCAGAAUCAGUUUCAGCUUUCCCCUUCUCUUCUGUCUCGACUUCUUCGUCGUCAGUUCUAG